CAACAUGUGGAAUAGUGUAGCUGAGUUGAGCAGCCUUGUUUGGUUUAUUGUGUUAGUUUGACUGACUGUCAGUGUUUAGAUAUUAGAUGGAUGACAUACUUUGAAAAAUCUUAAAAUUUUCGUGGAAUUAUAAAGUGAAGGACUUUCAUUGGCUGCUAAAUGCCGCCAGUUAGCUUUGUGCAAAGAGCAGCGAGCAAGCUAACGGCAGCAGCGAGUUGACACAGCAGCAGCGUUAGCAGCCAGGCAUCAGUCAGCUCUGCUCAAAUGGCUGAUGACAGCGUGAAAAGUGAGGCUUCGACCCAGCAGGAGAAUGAAAACGGAGACAAGGAGAGUAGUCAGAAGGAUGUGAGCAGUAACGGAGAAGCUGAAAACCAAACUCUGUCCAAGAGGCAAAGGAAGAAGCUUCUGAAGCAGCAGAAGUGGGAAGAAGACAGGGAGCUAAGGAAGCAGAGACGAAAGGAGAGGAAGCAGCAGCGUCGGCUGCAGAGGCAGGAGGACGAGGGAGGAGACGUCCAAAGUUUUAGGAAACGUCCACGCAGAGAGGUGACGCCCAGCUCUCUGAGGAUGGUGGUGGACUGCAGCUUUGACAGUCUCAUGCUGAUCAAGGAUGUUCGGAAGCUUCACAGACAGAUCCAGAGGUGCUAUGCCGAGAACCGACGAGCCUUACAUCCAGUGCAGUUUUAUCUCACAAGCCUGGGAGGGCAGCUGAAACAGAGCAUGGAUGAAAAGGAUAAAGGAUGGGUGAACUGGAAGGAUAUUGCCAUUAAAACAGAACACUACACUGAAGUUGUGGCCAAAGAGGACCUGGUGUAUCUGACCUCAGACUCUCCCAACGUGCUGGAGGAGCUGGACCAAAAGAAGGCCUACGUGAUAGGAGGUCUGGUGGACCACAACCACCACAAGGGAAUCACCUUUGAGAGGGCGAAGGAGCUGGGGAUCGAGCACGCCCAACUCCCUCUGAGCAGCUUUGUCAAAAUGAACAGUCGGAAGGUUCUGGCUGUCAACCAUGUUUUCGAGAUCAUCCUGGCGUAUCUGGAGAAGGGCAGCUGGCAGGAGGCCUUCUUCACCGUCCUGCCGCAGAGGAAAGGAGCAGUGGCCGUCGACCAGGACGGAACAAACGCUCAGGAAAAGGAGGAGGAAGAUUCAGAUUCUGACUCCGAACCUGAUGCCACAGAGCAAACGGAAAAAAGAGCUUAACGCUUAGCAAAUGGACAACUCCCAGCACGGUUCCAAUAACUGAAGCUGUGGGAAGAUGAAAGAUUUAUUGAAGCUACUGCUGUGUUUGAAACAGCAACAUUUCUGUUCUGACAGUUUCAAACUUUUAGUUUUUUUACAAAAUAUUUAUUGAAAUAUUUUACUUUGCUCAUUGAUUGCUUUUAAGUUAAUUUUGCUGCUGAUAAAUGGUUUUGCUGCAUUUGUUUUGCAGAUCAUACAUUUGUUAUUACAUUCAGGAGCAUCAUUUUUACUGAAUUGUUUUUGUUUGGAGAUGAAACCUGAAGUUGUAGACCUGUGCCAAAUGGACCUGUUUAACAAAAAAAAUGUGGUCAAACAAUAUAAAGACAAUGCUUGACUAUA